AUGGGAAAGAACAUUCUCAAGAAAAGUUCGAAGUACAUCCUCGAGAAGGUCAGGGAUAGGGAUAUGUAUCCAAGACCAAUAGCGUUUACUUUCAAAGGGAAAGAAGAAUUUAGGACCUUGUUUGGAGGACUCAUCUCGAUGGCGAUUCAGGUGGUCAUUGUGCUCUAUGCUUAUAUUAUGCUAAAGAUAAUGAUAGAACGUAAUGACACAUCAAAAAGUGUGAACACAAUAGUGAGUGACAUACUAAACGACAAAUCUCCAGUAUCUCUCAAUACAACAGAUUUCUCGUUUGCAUUUGAUGCCUUUAUUCUUGACGAUGAUAAUUUCGAUUUCAACAAUAACGAAUACUUCGAAAUUGAGCUACUUCAAUGGAUUAAGCAGCCAGAUACUGGAGAACUAUCAUCCACUAAUAUUCCAUAUGAAAGAUGUGGAACAAGCCUGUUCCAAUACUACAACCAGACCGAGGUCCAAAAACUCGGAAUCCAAGAGUACUUGUGUCCUCUCUCACGCAACUACAUCGUGCAAGGGAACUCGCUGUCGACAGACUUCAUCUACCUGGAGUUCAACAUCGUGAAGUGCACGGAGGCCUGACCUGCUGACUUGGAAGAUAAGAUUAGUAGGCUCAGGGUGGAGAUCCCCUUCGUGAAUACUUACUUUGACUUUGAUGACUACACCAGUCCAGUCAAGACUUAUAUUGAUGGGAGACUUGUAGUCGACAUGCUUCCUGGCUAUGUCAAGAGAGAUGAUGUGUUUAUUCAAAAGAAUGAAGCUGAGAUCCAGGAUAGUUACUUUGCAUACCAGCCAGGAGGGUCCAAGAAGGAGUUCGUCGAAAUCCAUCGUGUUGACUCUCGACUUGCUGUUCAGAUCGAUGAUGUUGAUAAUACCAUUUACAAACUUCUUUUUGUGAAAGAUGCAGAGACCAAGUCUUAUGAGCGCCAGGUCUUCAGUUUGCUAGAAGUUACAGGAAACAUCGGUGGUUUAUUCGAAAUCCUUGAACGCACAGGAGGCUUCUUGGUAGCUCUAUUUUCUGGAAGAAUGUUCUUGUUCUCAAUUCUUACCAAACUUUACCAUGUCGAGGAUCCUGAAGACCAGCCUAAAGGAGAAAACAAUAGUAAGAUCAAGGUUCAGGAAGACCUCAAUGAUGGAUCUAGCCAUGUGAGCAAGAAUUCUAUAGAGAAUUUGAUCAAGCCGAAUGAAGUUCUGGCAAAUAAAGCUCACAAAGCUAUGAAAAGGAGAAUGAGAUAUCAUUGGAAGGUCUCAGACUUUGUGUAUAACUUCUUCUCUCCAAUCACUUGGCUUCUGUGUGGCUGAUGGAUGAAAAAGAACCGACUGAAUGCACAUACCAGGAUGAAGCUAUAUGAAAAAGGAGAGGCAAAGUUUCUAAACGAAUUUGAUGCAGUAUACUAUGCUAGAUGUAUGCGUAACCUCAACACUCUUGUUGGAUCUCUCAUGGAUGACAGCGAAAGGUUUAUGAUCACCUAUCAGAAAACCAACUGCAUUUCGGCAGAUGGAGAAACUGAGAGCGGUUAUAGUGAUGAUAACUAUGAUGGUGUCCCUAAAAUGUUUGCUAAAGCCAAAAAGAGACAGCAUCAAGUCAAAGUUGAUGAUUUCAUGGAAAGAUAUAAAAAAGAGACUUGGACAAGCAAGGAUUAUAGAUUGCUCAAUGGGAUAUUGAGUCAUGAGCAGCUAACCAAUAAGCAACUUUCUGAGCUUCAAGAUGAUAGAGACUCAACUAAGUUAUAUCAAGAAUAUGAAUGUGUUGAAACUGAAAACAUUACUAAUCUAUCAAAUAUGCACCCUCAAGAAGAAUCUAAAAUGCCAAGAGCUACAACCCCCCUUCAGUUUAACUUGAACUCUAUCAAUGCAAGAUCGCCAAAUCGCUUCAAUAAGAACUCUUCCAUUUUAGAAGAUGAUGAAUAUUAAACACCACUA